AUGACUACCCAGAACCAAACUCAAGAAUCGGAGAACAAUGAUCAUCUCAUUAUUUCACAAGAUUCUCAACAUCCCGCGAAUCUAAUCCCAGAACUCUGCGCAAAGUUUUGGCAUCUAGGAUGGGUAACAGGUACAGGAGGAGGCGCCAGUAUUCGCAAUGAUGAUCUAGUAUACCUUGCGCCAUCUGGAGUCCAGAAAGAACUUAUGAAACCAGAACACAUUUACGUCCUCGAUAUAACCAAACAACUUGAUCCCAAACAACGCAUCUACCUCCGCUCACCACCCAAUCUCAAGCCUUCCCAAUGCACCCCUCUUUUCAUGGCUGCAUUCACCAAACGAAACGCUGGUUGUUGCAUCCAUACGCAUUCAAAAUGGGCAGUCCUCAUCACCCUACUCCUAGAAUCCGCGCCCAACACCACAAUGUUCGAAAUCAACAACAUCGAGCAAAUCAAGGCAUUUGGAAAAGGCUAUACGAAGACAGGAAAUUUAGGAUAUCACGAUACGUUGCGCAUUCCAGUUAUUGAAAACACACCCCACGAAGAAGAUUUGACAGAGUAUCUGGAAGAAGCCAUGGAGAAAUAUCCGGAUACGUACGCGGUUUUGGUAAGGAGACAUGGGGUUUAUGUCUGGGGGGAGUCGGUACACAAGGCGAAGACUCAGUGUGAGAGCUUGGAUUACCUUUUCCAAAUUGCAGUCGACAUGAAGAAAUUGGGGUUGCCAUGGUUGAGUGAUGUUAAACCAAUUGCUUGA